AUGUCUCAAAAACAAUUACGCCAAGCAGAACUUUCAUCAUCAGAUGAUGAUGAUGCCGGAACUGAUACCGAUGAUGAUGACGAUCAGCUUUUUUGUUUUUUGAAGCGUCCAUGUGCUUCCUCCAAACAUAAUUCAAGAAUGGAUCACAAGCCAUCCAAUGACAACUGUGAGAAGGGAAAUACCAAAAAAUUCACUAUGAAGGACAUUUUAACGCCUUCUGAAUUCCUUGUCAGAUCCAACUCACAACAAUAUGCUGUUCCGUCGAAUGAAGUUCCUCAUUUACUUACAGCUCUUCUAAAAAUUGUUAACAAUCCGAACAAAACACAAUCUCGUGAAGAACUCAAACAGUUGGCAGAAGUGUUUGAAUAA